UCCUUCUACUUCUCACCUCUAUUGGAUUCCAUCGCUUCUCGACUCUAAUUUUCUCCAUCAACAGUACUACCCAGAGGCAGGAAGACAAGGCACAGGGGAGAGACGUAACUAGAUGGUAGACAGCGUCUGCAUGCUCUUGGUUUUGGGAUGUGAUAGAGACUCACAGUAGCAGAGGCAAGGAAUUGAGAGGGAAACGCCAUGUGCAUAGCAGUGUUUAUGUGGGAAGCUCACCCAAUUUACCCCUUCGUUUUACUUCUCAACAGGGAUGAAUAUCACAGCAGGCCUACGGAGCCACUUGGAUGGUGGGAGGGUGGUGUGAUUCUGGGUGGAAGAGAUGGUCUUGCAGGUGGAACAUGGUUGGCUUCUGCAAAGGAUGGAAGGUUGGCUUUCGUCACUAAUGUUCGGGAGACUCAGUUGAUUCCUGAAGCUCUGAGUAGAGGACAUCUCCCUGUUCGUUUCUUGAAGAGCAAGAAGAAUCCCAUGGUGUUUGCUGAAGAGGUUGUGGCAGAGGCCAAUCUGUAUAAUGGGUUCAACCUGGUGCUUGCUGAUCUUUGCUCCAAAAGCCUUGUUUAUGUAACAAAUAGACCAAAACAAAAUGGCAGCUUUAUUUCAGAGGUUUCACCUGGGAUCCAUGUUUUAACAAAUGCAAGCCUAGACUCACCUUGGCCUAAGGCUCAGCGAUUAGACCACAAUUUCAGGGAGGUAUUGGCUGAAUAUGGUGGAGAGGAACUUCCCAUCAAAGAGAUGGUAUCAAAACUAAUGUUGGAUACCACUAAAGAAAAAGAAAUCCUGCUCCCAGGAAUUUAUUCGCCAGAGAUAGAAUACCAGCUGAGUUCUAUAUAUAUUGAUUGUGCUCGUCCAAAGGGGCGUUAUGGCACCAGAAACCAGUCAGCAUUAUCUGUAAAAUCCAAUGGAGAUGUCUGCCUAUAUGAAAGAUAUCUGGAAAAGGAUGAUAUCUGGAAAGAGCAAACAGUAAUUUACCAAAUAGAAAUGACAAUUUAGUGAUUUGCAGAUAAGAGUUCACAGUUUAGUUCUUAUUUGUGUGCAAGAUCACAGAACAGGCGUACACACAGGCUGUACCAUAUAAUGUCCAACACAGAUAUUGAAUCAGCCAUGGCUGAUUGUUUAAGCAGCUAUCAAGCUAAAUAAGUUUCCUUUUCUCUGAGACUGUUAUUAUGAUGUUGACUGACUUACUGAGAUUUUCCUGAACCCGUUUCAGGUGAGAUAUGUUGGUUGAAAAUAUGCAUUUCUCCUCAUAUUUGUGGACAAUAUUGUCUUCACAUUAUUGGAGUAGUUGACAUUAGGUUAAGAUUUUUGUACAAAAUGUAAAGAUUGGUUUUCACUUUUGAUGUCUCUUAGCUCUAACAUAUAUUAGUAUUACAGCCCUCUUUAGGGCUGCGAAUUCAAACACU